AUGCUUAUACGAUCCGUUGUGCUGGUGCCGCACGCCUGCGCAGCUCGGUGAGCGAUUGUUUUGGGCUGCCGUUUUUCUCUCCGACCAGGAAGAAGCUUCUUCUCUGUUUACAGCCAGCACGGGGUUUCUGACCACCGUUCAACGAAACCGGAGUCAAACAAGAUGAACGGGCCGGUGUUUGAUGCCAUUACGGUGCACAACUUCUCGGAGAAGAUUCUGGAGCAGGUCGUACACUUUCACGUGAUGAAGCUCAGCGGCGGGAUUCGAUGCCUUUAUCUACAUUAGUCAUGGGGGACCCAUCCAAUACGGCUCCAACUUCCCUGGCACAGAGAUUAGCAAAGAAGACUAAAAAGCAAGUAUACGUGAGUUACAGUGUUCCGAUGACAGACUCCAACUUCAGUCUUUUGGUGGAGAACAGGAUCAAAAAGGAGCUGGAGCUUCACCCUGAACACUUUUAAACACGUCUGACCGUUUAUUGAAGCGAGGACAUGUAGGGCAAUUGUAGCUUCUCCGGCUCUUUGGACUUUUAUACUGCUUUCCGACACUGUAAUCGUACCCCGACACAAUAACCACAGACGGUCACAUCAAGUGUUCUUUUAUUGACAUAAUAAAUUAAGUGGUUUAUUAUCAAAACAUGUAGGCCUAUGGCUUUUUGUACAAAUGCAUCAUAUUAAAAAAAUAACACUUAGAAAACAG